GAGCGCCUGGAAGUCCUGCUCUGACGCACCAACCCCCCCAAGCAGCCACACGCACGCUCCGCAGCGCCGAGCUUCUCUCAGACUUGGGAGAUGCGCGGCUCUGGGUGACCAGACCGCUCUCUCCUCCGAAGCGAAGAGACCCGGGCACGCGAUAGCUCAGCCGGCUCUGGCUGAGAGACGCAGCCCUCGGGGUCUGCUCCCCUAGCCUCCCUCUCUUCCACGCGAUGCUCACAGGCAUUCCCUAGGAGCCCCUGAGCGUAGUGACCACCUCCAGUCCUGCGGAGCCCCUCUCUGCACGCACCUCGGGCCAGUCUCCUGACCCAGAGAUGGAUUUUCCGGACAACUUCACCAACUCCUCCAUCGACACCCCUACCCCUCCGGAGUCCAACCUCAGCAUGGGCACGGAAGACUCGCCCCCCAGCCAGCCCGCCCGCUCCAUCUGGAACGUGCUGGCCCUUACCUUCCUGGGCUGCCUAGUGGCAGCCACGUUCGCCUGGAACCUGCUGGUGCUGGCGACCAUUGCCCGGGUGCGCACGUUCCACCGCGUGCCGCACAACCUGGUGGCGUCCCUGGCCAUCUCAGACGUGCUGGUGGCCGCGCUGGUGAUGCCGCUGAGCCUGGUGCACGAGCUGGCCGGCCGGCACUGGCACCUAGGUGAGCGGCUGUGCCAGGUCUGGGUGGCGUGUGACGUGCUCUGCUGCACCGCCAGUAUCUGGAACGUCACGGCCAUCGCGCUGGACCGCUAUUGGUCCAUCACGCGCCACCUCGACUAUACGCUGCGCGUGCGCAGGCGCGUCUGCGCCGCCCUGCUCGUGGUGACGUGGGUGGUCUCCGCCGUCAUCUCGCUGGCGCCGCUGACCUUCGGCUGGGGGCAGCUGUACUCCGAGAGCGAGCAGGUGUGCCAGGUGAGCCGGGAGCUCUCCUACACCCUGUUCUCCACUGUGAGUGCCUUCUUCCUGCCGCUCUCCGUGGUGCUCUUCGUCUAUUGCCGCAUCUACCGGGCCGCCAAGUGCCGCGCUGCCUUCCGCAAGAACAACUGCGUGCGUCCCACGGCGGAAGCCGGCAAGAAGGAGGAGAAGGAAGGAGAGAAGGAAGGCGAAGGCAAGGAAGGCGAAGGCAAGGAAGGCGAGGGCAAGGAAGGCGAGGAGAAGGAAGGCGAGAAGAAGGAAGGCGAGGAGGGGAAGAAGCAUGGACGUGAGAACGAGACCCCCAACUGCUGCCUCCGCUUCCUGCUCCGACUGCGGGUCGGACCUGCGGCUCAGAGGGCGGAGUACUCGGCCGGCGACAACAGGGUCACCAUCCACACGGACGCCGAGGCGCUGAGGGAGCACCGCGAGCAGAGGGCCGCCGUGAUGGUGGGCAUCCUGAUCGGGGUCUUCGCCGUGUGCUGGCUGCCCUUCUUCACCACGGAGCUCGUCAGCCCCCUCUGCGACUGUGACCUGCCCGGCGUCUGGAAGAGCCUCUUCCUGUGGCUGGGCUACUCCAACUCCUUCUUCAACCCGUUCAUCUACACGGCCUUCAACAAGACCUACAAGAGCGCCUUCAAGAACCUGUUCUGCCGCCAGUCCUAAGGCCGCGGCCCCGGGGGGAUGAGAGAGUUACUCCUGCCACCCAGUACAAACCCCCGUGGUCGUCUGUGCCCCCGCCCCGGUGACCCCCUGCCCC